AUGUCUCUUGCAGAUCUCAAAGUCGGUGGACUCUAUGUCAUUCUCCAAGCCCGUCAAGAACCACCCGAGGCCAAUGAGUUCUACUGGGGCCUGUAUCUCCACUCUGACUCCGUUGGAGGCAUGGCAUAUCACGUCGUAGAUAUAGGAUCAGGUCUAAGACCCGAGCAUGAGUAUACUGGUCGAAUUUUUGAUACUCCCCUUCUUACGGGUCUAUUCCGAAUCGCCGAUAUCACUCGUCCCCUGCAUCCGUUUGUCGACAGGGUGAUAAGGUCUUACGACAGCAGCCUCAAUUGCCCUGGACGGAGCAGUAAUAGCAAGUUCUGGGUUUUGAAUGUCCUCGCACUACUGAUCCAACCAACGGUUACGGGAUGGCUUCCAGUGAACUGUCAUAACUUGCCGAUCCUGGAGCAGGAAAUCCGCGAUUGGGGUAAUCGGAUGUCCCACGGGAGAUGUAUCUAUCAAAGGCCCAAACCAAUUGGAUCUUCGACAAUCUGCGGUUUGCCAGAGUGGAAAACACAGCGUGAGUUACCCAUUCCCCUCGGCAAUCUCGGCGUGGGGGAAUUAUGGAUUGACACAAUAGCCAUGGAAUAA